AUGGAUCUGGGAACGUCGAGAAAUGGUUCCACUGUGACUGAGUUUAUCCUGCUAGGCCUAACAGAGUCUCCAGUUCUACAGCCCGUUCUUUUUGUGAUCUUCUUUCUUGCUUAUGUAGCUACGGUUGGUGGUAAUUUCAGUAUCCUGGCUGCCAUUUUUAUUGAACCCAAACUCCACACCCCUAUGUACUUCUUCCUGGGAAACCUGUCCUUGCUGGACGUUGGCUGUAUCACCGUCACUGUCCCUGCGAUGCUGAGGCAUCUCAUUUCCAAUGACAGGAGCAUUCCCUACAGAUCCUGCCUCUCACAGCUCUUCUUCUUCCAUCUCCUGGCUGGGGUGGACUGCUUCCUUCUGACUGUCAUGGCAUAUGACCGCUAUCUGGCCAUCUGCCAGCCCCUCACCUACAACACCCGUAUGGGCUGGGGAAUCCAACGAGUCAUGGUGGGCAUGUCAUGUGUCUUUUCCUUCUCCAAUGCACUGACCCAAACUGUUGCUUUGUCUACUCUUAAAUUCUGUGGCCCUAAUGUGAUCAAUCACUUCUACUGUGACCUCCCACAGCUCUUCCAGCUCUCUUGCUCCAGCAUCCAACUGAAUGAGAAGUUGCUCUUUGUAGCAGCAGCUUUCAUGGGCGUGGCCCCCUUGGUCCUCAUCACUGUGUCCUAUGCCCAUGUGGUGGCUGCUGUCCUAAGAAUCCGCUCUUCAGAGGGCAGGAAGAAAGCCUUCUCUACCUGUAGCUCCCACCUCACUGUAGUGGGCAUCUUCUACGGGACUGGUGUCUUCAGCUACAUGAGGCUCGGGUCAGUGGAGGCUUCAGACAAGGACAAAGGGAUUGGCAUCCUCAACACUAUCAUCAGUCCCAUGCUGAACCCACUCAUCUACAGCCUUAGGAACCCCGAUGUGCAGGGUGCCUUACGACGGGUACUCAUGGGGAAAUGGCCCUCCAAGUGA